CGCUUCUCGUUUGUAUAACCAGAUGGCAACAAAAAUUUUUUAUCUUUCUCCAUGUGUUGACUUGACAUAACCUAAGCUAACUCGAUUUCAGUUCUUGAAUUAGUAUUUUAAUUUACUGAUACCUUAGUAUUUUGAAGAUGCCAGUCAUCCAAAGGGUUGUCAAACCCAAAACACGAAGAGGAAAAAGAGCCCUGCUCAGCAGAGAACCUCAACUCGUUGAAGAUGCAAAACAAACAUUAUUCAUAAAGGGAAGCCGCACCAGUGAGAUUUUGAACAAAUGCGCAAAAGAUCUAUAUGAUAUAAAGAAACCCGAUGCUAGAAUGAUGCAGAGGAAGAAUGAUAUCCUUCCUUUUGAGGAUGCAACCCCCUUGGAACAAUUUGCACGAAAGUUAAACUCUCCCUUGUUUGUCUUUUCUUCGCACAACAAGAAACAUCCCAACAGCCUUGUGGUUGGGAGGAUGUUCGAUAAUAACCUUCUAGACAUGGUGGAAUUUGGUGUUCAGGACUACAAGGGUCUGGUUGAUUUCAAGAUUGACAAAAUCGUUACUGGAAUCAAACCAGUCCUUAUAUUCAAUGGCGAAUUGUUUGAGAAUGAUCGAGAAUACUCUAGGAUUAAAAGCCUUUUAAUUGAUCUCUUUCAACGCAACACUGUCGAAAACAUAAGACUCCAAGGUAUAGAACAUUCUAUCAGCUUCACGAUUAUCAACAACAAGAUACAUGUUAGGAGUUACAGGAUACUUCUAAAAAAGUCUGGGAGUAGGAUUCCUAGGAUUGAGUUGGAAGAAAUCGGACCACAAGUUGACCUCAUUGUCAGACGAACGAAACUGGCUUCCGACGACCUGUACAAACAGGCUUGCAGAAAGCCCAAGGAACUCAAGGUAAAGAAGAAGAAGAAUAUUUCAAUGGACGCAUUGGGCUCAAUGCAUGGUAGGGUACAUAUGGGUAAGCAGAGAUUGCAGACAAUUCAGACGAGAAAGAUGAAGGGUCUGAAAAAAACCAUGGUCGAGAGAAAGGCCGAGCGGAAAAGAAAGGCGAUGGAAAAUGGAGAAGCUGAUCCUAAAAAGAUGAAAACGAGUGACAGCGUUGAGGCACAGUAAUUCAACCAGCAAUAUUUUCCCCUGUGUUUUUCUCAGCGCCCCUCAUAUAUUUUCAAUAAAGUUUCACUUAUCAAGAUACACUCACAUUUCAUCAAGUGAUUUUUCAGUUUCUCUGACUACUGCAGUUUUGUGAAAAUACUUUUGCAUAGAUAAUGCUAGAUAAUGACUGAGCGAAACUUUUUCAUUGUAUACUUUUUUUCUGAAAAUAGGAAAAAAAAAAUUAUUAUGUUCGAAUGAUGCAUUCUCAUUUUAUUGCAAAGCUGCUCCAUCAAACUAUAUGGCACAUGGUGAUUUGAAAAACCAUGCAUAUUUAUAAUUAUUAUCAGUACAAAAUGUCUUUAAAAAAACCAUUUUCUCUGACGUAAUAUGAGAAAUCAUUGGCAAAACCUCAAAAUUAAUGAUAAAAUCAUUCCUAACUACGUAUUUCUUGUUGUUUAUCUUACAUUUGUAAUUGAUGACGAUUCUUGAGUAUUGAUCCUCAGAAUCUGGUCUUCCAAACCGUUUUAUUAUUCGACCGAUAUUCGAAUCGUUAUUCGACCGUUUUAUUUACGCAGACAGGCGAGGUUGAUUUGUUUGUACGUACGUCUUACGUCAAGUAAUAAAGAUUCGCAACGAAUUUUUCUGUUA